GACGGUGGGUUAAAUCCCCGCCCCGCUUCAUUCCUGCGUUGUUUGGGGACAGUAGGAAGAUGGCGGCGGCCCCGCUGUACUGUGUCUGCCGGCAGCCCUACGAUGUGAGCCGGUUUAUGAUCGAGUGCGACAUCUGUAAAGACUGGUUUCAUGGCAGCUGUGUGCAGGUAGAAGAGCAUCAUGCUGUGGAUAUCGAUGUUUACCACUGUCCCAACUGUGAUGUUGAACACGGAUCCUCCCUGAUGAAAAAGCGCAACAACUGCUACAGGCACGACUACACGGAGCCCAACGAUGGAUUGAAGCCGGUGCAGGCUGGCACUUCAGUGUUUGUCAAGGAGCUCCAGAGCAGGACCUUCGCCAGUGGUGAGGAGAUCAUGAUGCAGAUGAAGGGCGAGCAGGUGACAACCCGCUACCUGGAGAGACACGGCUUCAGUUACCCCAUCGUGGUCACGGAGAUGGAGGGCCUGGGACUCAAACUACCACCCCCUACUUUCUCUGUCAAAGAUGUGGAGCAGUAUGUGGGUUGCAACAAAGUUAUCGAUGUGAUAGAUGUGGCACGUCAGGCAGACAGCAAGAUGAAGCUCAGCGAGUUUAUCAAGUAUUUCAAGAACCCGCAUCGACCCAAGGUCCUCAACCUCAUCAGCCUGGAGUUCUCUGACACUAAGAUGUCGGAGUUGGUGGAGGUUCCUGACGUGGCUCAGAAGAUGUCCUGGGUAGAGAACUACUGGCCGGACGACUCCUUCUUCCCCAAGCCCUUUGUCCAGAAGUACUGCCUUAUGGGGGUCAAGGACAGCUACACAGAUUUCCACAUAGACUUCGGAGGCACCUCCGUCUGGUACCAUGUUCUCUGGGGUGAGAAGAUCUUUUUCUUGAUCAAGCCCACUCUCGCCAACCUUGCACUAUAUGAGGCAUGGAGCUCCUCGCCCAAUCAGAGUGAAGUGUUCUUCGGGGACAAAGUGGAGAAGUGCUACAAGUGUGUUGUGCCCCAAGGAACCACCCUGCUCAUCCCUACAGGCUGGAUCCAUGCUGUUCUCACCUCUCAGGAUUGCAUGGCGUUUGGAGGGAACUUUCUUCACAACCUCAAUAUUGGCAUGCAGCUCAGGUGUUAUGAAAUGGAGCGUCGCCUGAAAACCCCAGACCUCUUUAAGUUUCCGUACUUCGAAGCCAUCUGUUGGUAUGUGGCCAAGAACCUCUUGGAAAUGCUAAAAGAGCUACGAGAGGACAACUGUCCACCAUCAACCUACCUAGUGGAGGGAGUCAAGGCUUUAAUCAGUGCACUGAGGACCUGGUUGAAAAGAGAGGUGACUGAGCCCACCAGUGAGGUACCGGACCAUAUCAGGCCCAACCAUCUCAUUAAAGAGCUGACCAAGGAAAUCCGCUACCUGGAGGUAAGAGGGGACGAGGAGGAAAGGAUAUCGGAGACGGAGGAACCAGUCAGUGGUAGCAAGCCAGUGAAAUCUCAGGGAAGUGGAUGUGGAGUAGCAUCUGGAUCGAAUGCCUGCCCGGCCACUCGCACCACACUGGAGAGGCUGUGCCAGGCCCGGCAGGCGAGAAGGGCCGCCAGGCGGCUGAGGGAGCAGCAGCGGCAGGCCCCCAGAGUGCCGUCCAACCUGGACAUCUUAGAGCGGCACACCAGGGAGGUGCUGAGGAGGCUGGAAGUGGGACCGCUGGAGGAGGAUGCGGCGUUCUGUGCCAAGGUGCGUGGGAAGCUCAAUAAAGUGUCGACUGCAUCAGCAGCUGCUGCUGCAGAGUCUUUAGAGGACAACCACCACCUACGGCUAAUGCUGGUCAACGGCAGAAUCAUCAGAGAUAUGAGGCAGCCAGGCAGCAGCCCUGUGAAGACGGAGGGUGAACGCUCAUCACCAAAGAGUUGUAUGGACGAGAAGUCUGAGAGGACACAGGACAGUCGAGAGCAGCACAGCACAGUGGGGAAACACGCACUCCUCGAUGGUCUGGAGAGGGUGAAGACUGAACUCAGGGAAGAAGUCUCCGGACACUCCAGUGUGUCAGACGUGGAUUCAGACAGCGACUCUCCCACAGAGCAUAAAGCGUCGUCGUCGUCUUCGUCGUCGUCGUCUUCGUCGUCGUCAUCGUCAUCAUCGUCGUCGUCGUCUUCCUCUUCCGAUGAGGAUUCAGGGAGUUCCCAGGAUGAAGAGGAGGAUGAGGGGGGCUCUUCUCAGCAGAGAGGCUCAGGGCACACCAUACAGCUGGAGCAGUCUGGCCAGAAACUCAGGCACAAACACAAACCACUCAAACGAGAACGUCCUACCUCACCCAGCACAGAAGAGGCCAUUCAGGGGAUGCUGUCUAUGGCUGGUCUGCUGUGCUCCUCCAAGCCGGAGAAGGUGGCCUCGUCCCAGGAGCCCUGGUGGUCCAGCUCCAGCCAGUGCUCGCCGCUGGAGCAGAGGGAGGAGGCGCAGCACCGACUGCAGGGGGACAAGAGCCCGAUGGACAGCCAAGGCAACAGCAGCGAGGCCUGGGACAAUCAGGGGCUCCCCAGCCCUCUCAGCCGGAGCCACGGCGGCAGCCCCGAAACAGAAUACCAGUACUGUGACCCCUCAAUGUCUCCACCGCUGCACCCCUCCAAAAGGCUCGCCCCCAACCCCCCACCUAUCAGCAAUCAGGCCACAAAAGGCAAGCGGCCCAAAAAAGGAAUGGCCACAGCCAAGCAGAGACUGGGGAAGAUUCUAAAACUCAACGGACACAAUCGCGUCUUUGCGUAACACUCCUAAUCUUCAGAAGCAAGAUGAUGCGUGGCGUCUUCUUGAAGAAAAAAAAGAAAAGAUAAACAUGGGUGUAUUUGUUACCGGACACUUUUGUGCUGUAGAAAUGGAGAGGGGGAAAAACCCCGUACACACUGCCUGGAGACUACCGUUAACGGAUCGAAUCUUGACACCUAGAACACGCUCACUGUGCAUGCUUAGGAGACAGGGUAAUGGAUUUGAAAUAAGCAAGCACAAGCAAAACAGAAAGGAGCUACGGGAAGCGGUGAGGGACAAGCAUGUUAUGAAAUCUUCUGCUGCAGGGAAAGGUGGACCGAAGCUCCUGCGGGCAUUAAAAUGGACACAGGAGAUGUCGGAGGUCUACCAAACAAAUGCUUGCUUUGCCAGGGAGCAGCUUCUGAUGCCAAGAUCAUCUGCAUCAUAUUUGAGUAUUUCCUCGGCUGAACGCAUCCCCCCCACCCCCCCACCACCUCAGCACAACCUUCACUGGCUUCAUGGCUAUCUGCAACAAACUGAGCAGGAUGGGGAGGGGAGCAGAUGAAACGGAGCUGUAUAUCUCGAGCAGGGUCUUCUUCUUUUUUCUCGCUCUGAGGGGGGGGGGGAAACGAGGUGCUAAAGAGGACUGAUAUUUCAAAAAUGGUGCUUAUUGUUUGUACUUUUCCCCACUCGUGCUUGCCCCUUCCAGCCCUCACCUCCCUUCCCGAUACCUCCCUUUAUAUCAAUCACACCAGCAAUAAUGACUUUGAGGAGAGGAAAGAGUGAGAGGCAGCACUUUGCUGCAUUCUUCCCCCGAUUACUCUAUUUGGUGCGUUACAGACGUGCACAAUUUAGUGCAGAAAUAUACUCUCAAAUCUGCACUAUGUUCGAUAAUUAGAGGAGAGUCUCGGUGCGAAGCUGCUCAAAGUGCUGCCUCUCUGAAUUAGUUUAAAAUAGGAAUUACGAGUCACUCGCUCGGUCUAAACAAACCGAGGACUCUCACGAUAUCCUGCUUAAUUUAUUUCUCGUUUUAUCUAUGUUGUUGAUUUUUUUUGAACGUGUUAUUUUUAUGGAUUCUGAAUGAUGUAUUUAUUAAUUGAAAGAGAUAAUGAUUUUAUUAUAUUUUGACCCUAAAGCCUCGGCUAUUCUGAGCGGUUUUUCCUUUUUUUUUUUUAUAGGGUUGAUUUUUCUCUUUUUCCUCUUUAACACAUACUUUUUGUAAAUGUGGAUGUUUUGGAGGUCAUGUGAUCAUCAUCAUCUGUUGAGUAGCAAUUUACCUACUAAAUCUUUUAUUACCUUCUAUUCUGUCACAACUCUUUACCCCCGUCCCCCCAGUUGAUAGAUAGUGUUGAUUUGUCUUUUCUGGUUUCCUCUUCUCCCCGUAGCCAGAGGUGUUGGGCUAUGUGCGAAUAGAAACUAGGUUAGGUUGAGAAAUGUCAACUUUUAUAAUAUCCACACCUGAGCUUUUUCAGCUAGUGCCAGUUAUCAUUUAGCAAAAAAAAAAAAAAAAAAAAAGUAUUCUGAGCCACUGUGGUCGAUCCAAAGUAGUCGAUGCAUUCAGAAGUGAACGUUUGUGGAACUUUGAUGGGAUGAGUGAGCGAUCUUUUUCCUUUUUUGAAUACCAGUGCUGAUGUGAGAUGUGUGUUUUGCUCGGGGAGCGCAGUUCUUCACUCUCAGGGAAUGAUGCCAUGGACAUAACCUUCGAUUAUCCACCAGCCACGUCAUGGGUGCAGACAGUCACUCGAGACUUUACAGAUUCACCUCCUGCUUCGGAGUUGCUGAGGUUUGUUUGUUUUUUUUUCAUUGCUCCAAAAAUGUAUUUCAUGGUUGUGGAUUUCAAGCUGUGCUUUAACCAGUCAUUGCACCUUCCAGGCUAACUUCUGGUAUUGUCCUCCACUGCUUAACACUUUCAGAUCAGUGUUACACAGAACGCACCCUUGUUGACUCAAACACCCAGGCUAACUGUUGCCAAGUAGACUUUGAAAGUUUUGCUCAGGUUAACUAGUGCACAUGACCUGCGAGUGACUGAUCAAUCAUCCAGCCCUGACAUGGUGUUUCACAUAAUCCUAACACAAAGAACCAACUUUUAAAACAUUUGUGUUAAUCACAUUGCCAGACUGAUCUCCUUUUUUCUUACACUACACUUUAACCUUUGAACUCUUUGCAUGUCAAGUCAUUGAAAACACGAGCUGGCCCGCAGGCAGGGCUUGUUAUAAGCUGUAGUAUUCAUCGUACAGAAUCUCUUUUUGCUUUUAUAUGCAGCGCUCUCGGCAUUUGUGUCAUGCGCGUUGGUUCUUGCAAUGUUUUUUUUGUUUUUUUCAGAUUUAAAAUAUUCAAACACUGGCUAACUGACACUGUUAAUGCGUUGCAUUUUGUUUCUGCAUUUCAAGAAAUUGCGUGUAAAUAAAACUAAUGAAAAAUAA